GAGUUUCCUCAGUCGCCAGAGAGUUGUGGAGCCGUCAAGUGCGCGGAACGCCGAAGAUCGCCCAUGUAAAUGCCGUAGAAUCGACCGAUAUCCGCCGGAUACUGCAUCCAAUUAGCAACAUUGUCGUGGCAAAAGUUUCGAAAUUGCAUUAUUUUUCGGUGAUUUUCGAGGCGUUGCAGCCACACAAAUUGGCGACCAGAGCCAGGCGAAAGGCCUAUAAAUAACCCAGGCAAAGGACGCCAACACAUGCAUAUUCCCAAUAGAGUUAGCACCGAUAGAUAGAACCAGACUCACCCGGAUCCAGAGACACAAAAAUAAACCAUAACACAGAACACUUUCCACGAUUGAUCCGAGGCAUAUCCUGCCAUGGAUACUUGGAAUGUUUUGGCAGCACAAACGCAGGCGAUCGGAGGACGCGAUGAUCUCAAUGCGGCGGGAAAAACGCGACUGACCAUUGAGAAGCUUCCUGACAAGGUUCUGUUGCACAUUUUCUCGUAUCUAUCGCAUCGCGAGAUUUGCCGCCUGGCCAGGAUUUGUCGUCGCUGGCGCUCGAUUGCCUAUGAUACACGUCUCUGGAAGAAUGUAUCCCUGCGGCCGGAGGUCUCUGGCCUCCAUGUGGGCUCCCUGGAGAUGCUGCUCCAGCUGAUAUCCGUGAGAUUCGGUCCUACGCUGCGGUACAUUGAGCUGCCAAUUGAGCUCAUCACGCACACGGUGCUCCAUGAACUGUCGGCCAAGUGUCCCAAUCUCACGCACAUGCUGCUGGAUUUCUCCACAGCUAUGCAGCUGCAUGACUUUAGCGAGAUGCAGGCUUUCCCCACCAAACUCCGGUACAUGUGCAUCUGCCUGUCGGAGGUCAUCUUCAUGGAGGGUUUCAUGCGCAAGAUUUACAACUUUAUCAACGGUUUGGAGGUACUGCAUCUCAUAGGCACUUACGAGAAGUGCGAGGAGGAGGAGGAGGAGAUCUACGAGGUAAUCAACGUUCACAAACUAAAGUCGGCUACGCCCAAUUUGCGGGUGAUUAAUCUGUAUGGAAUCAACUUCAUCGACGACUCGCACAUCGAUGCCUUCAGCUCCAACUGCAUCCAGCUGGAGUGCCUGGCCGUGAACUUUUGCAACAAGGUCACCGGAUCCACUCUGAAGACCCUCAUCCAGAGAUCAAAGCGUCUGACCUGUCUGCUGAUGAACGGAACCAGCCUGAAGUCCGAGUUCGUGAUGCAGGCGGAGUGGGACAAGUGCGCUUUGCAGGAGCUGGAUAUCACGGCCACGGAUCUGUCCACCGAGUGUCUGGUGGAUAUGCUGACCAGGAUACCCAGCCUCAAGUUCUUGUCCGCCGGUCAGAUCAAUGGUUUCAACGAUAGUGUGCUCAAGCAGUGGAUGGAGUCGGGCACAACGAGAUCUCUGAUUUCUCUGGACCUGGACUCCUCCGACAACAUCACGGAUGAGGGCCUGCUCAAGUUCGUGCAGCGCCAGGGACACCAACUCAGCGCCUGCUGCCUCUCGGGAAUGCCCCACAUCACGGACCAGUUAUGGAUGAGCAUUCUACCUUUGCUGGGCAACUGCAAGAUCAUUGUGAUGGGCACUGCUGAGAAGCUGGGCGUAAACAUCCACGUGGAUCAACUGAUGGACACCAUUGCCUCCAACUGCGGCAAUCUGGAGCGUCUGGAGUUGCGUUGGGAUCCGGAUAACUUGCGUUUCUCCGACAAAAGCCAGAAGGCCAUCGAUAUAUUGCGUGUCAAGUGCCUCAAGCUGCGAUGCAUGGUCCUCAGCGAUGGUCGUUACUAUGAGACGGUGAAGGCCAACUUCGAGCGAGCUGAUCGCAUUACUGUGGUCCGUACCACCACCUGUUGCCGGGUGUCGCCUUAUCACCUGCUCCGCAACUACAACGACUUGAUUUUCAAUUGAGAUCGCUUCAGAGGAACUUGAAUUAGAGACGUUUGUAUAUCGUUUGCUUAUAUACAAAAUUCAUAGAAAACUUUGAUAUUUUUACCAGCUUAAGGCUAUACCCUUAAGCGUGGAGAUUCUACUACUACAAACAGUGCACUUUGGAGCUGUAAAGCUUUCUCAAAUGUCAGCAAACAUUUCUUUUCAGUUGAAUGUUUAUAAAAUGAAAUAGAUUUUGCUUUGCAUCUCCAUAACUCACUGUUUAUAUUGUUAUAUAUCCCCGAAGAGAAUCCGCAACAAAAAUCAAUACAAUUGUUAUUUUCUGUGUGUUUUUUGCUUAAAUUAGACUAUUAUCUGUUUGCUGUUUUCUGUAUUUUCCGCUUCUUUUUCGUUUAAUUAUAUUAAAUCUAAAUAAACGUACAUAGGUGUAAUUUAAAUUAA